UUCAUUAGUUCAUUCUUUCGUUCUUUCUCUAUCUCUCUCUUCACCUUUUCUGGUUCGGUGUUCCAAAGUAAGAACAGAGAACACAAUGGCGUUAACAAUCCUCUUAGCUUCUUCCUGCUUUUCGAGUUUCGACUUUAGUUCACCCAGGCAAUGGUUGUAAAGUUAAUCAAGGCUUCUACACCAUCAGUCACUAAGCCCCAUUUCUGCAAUAAUCAAGUGGAAACGAAAAAGCUUGGGUAACUCAGACAUCGCUCGCCUCUUUUUGGGUGUGAAGCAGUGUCAAGCUUAAUCCAUGUUACUGUAGAUUUUGGAAAUUUAUUCUAUCUUUGGAGAAUUUAAAAAAUGGCCUAUAAAUAUAGCUUGUUCUACUGGAUUUUGUUACUGAUUUGCAUUUCUUUCAAGGCUUAUGGGGGUAAUAUUUUUAUUGAUUGUGGAUCACAAUCAAAUACAAUAAUUGGGGAUCGCUUGUUCAUGGCGGAUAAAUACUCAUCUAAGUAUCUGACAACCUCAAAUCAGGUUCUUUCGAAUUGUUCUGUUAAUAACAACAGUUCGUUGUUGUAUAAGACAGCACGAAUUUUCAAUGGAAAAACAACGUAUAAGCUUCCAAUUGGCCGAGUAGGAAGAUAUUUCAUCAGGUUACAUUUUUUUCCAUUCACUAAUAAAAGUUUUGAUUUAAGAAAAUCAAAAUUUUGGGUUUCCAUCGGCCGUUUUUUGGUUCUUAGGGACUUUACCCCUCCACAAUAUCCCGUUGUGAGAGAGUUCUCACUAAAUGUCACUUCAAGCAAUCUUAAUAUAUUUUUAGAACCAGCUGAUAAUUCCAUGGCAUUUCUUAACGCAUUCGAAGUAGUGUUGGUUCCUGAUGUGCUGAUCCAAAAUGACGCCAUAUCAGUUCCUCCUGUUCAAGACGACAACAUAGGACUUACCUAUAGAGCUUUUGAAACUUUGUUCCGCAUAAAUAUGGGAGGCCCACUUGUGAGCUAUAACAAUGAUCCUUUGUGGCGUACAUGGAUUCAGGACGACAACUACUUAGAAAACAAGAAUUUCACCGGGGUUGUCCAGAAUAGGAAGGUUGUAAGCUAUGCCAAGAGUGUUGGUGUCGCAACAAAAGACGACGCACCAUUAGCAGUUUAUGGUAGUUGCAGACAUAUUGAUAAUCCUAGAGAAAGUUUUAAUAUCACAUGGAGUUUUGAUAUCAGUCUAGGGUUUCAAUAUCUUAUUAGGUUUCACUUCUGUGACAUUGUUAGUGAGGAUUUAGGUGAGCUGUCUUUCAACAUUUAUGUUAAUUCAUACACAGUUAAAGAAAGCUUAGACCUAGAGGUUUUGAGUAAGGGGCGUUUGGGUACCCCAGUUUUCUUGGAUUUUGUUACCCCUACUGCAAUGGACACCAAUCAACUCGUUGUACAAAUUGGACCACCUAUAGCAUAUGAGGCUCAACGUGAUGGUAUUUUAAAUGGGUUGGAAAUAAUGAAGUUGAACAACUACAAAAUCCUUGCUGCGACUACGGCUUCCUCACUUGUUCCCCCUUCCUCACAAUCUGGUUCUGGUUCGAAGAAUAAGAUAAGGAUGAUAGUGGGGGUAACUGUUGGGUCUGUCAUUCUGUUUGUGUUUGUUGGAAUUGGCUUUCUCUUUCAUAGGAGAAAGAAGUCUCACUCUCCAUAUUCUCUCACUCCAGAGACUAAUCUCACUGUACUAGCUUCAAACUCGGCAACUCGCAUCACUUUAGCAACCAUUCUACAUGCUACGAACCAUUUUGAUAAGAGCAGGGUCAUCGGAAAAGGAGGUUUUGGGACGGUAUAUAAGGGUGUGUUAGACAACACAGAUGUUGCUGUCAAAAGGGGAAGUCGAGAUAAUUCUCAAGGCCAAUACGAGUUUUUCACUGAAAUAAAAUUGCUCUCACAAUUCCGACAUAAACACCUAGUCUAUCUGGUUGGGUAUUGUGAUGAAGGCCUUGAGAUGAUUUUGGUGUAUGACUAUAUGGAGAAUGGGACCCUUAAGAGUCAUCUCUAUGGAAAAGAAAAGAAAUCAUGCCUUAGCUGGUUGCAAAGACUUGAGAUUUGUAUUGGAGUAGCAAAGGGACUUCAUUACCUCCAUACUGGUACAGGUCGUACAGAAGUUGAAAACGGAGUGGUUCAUGGAGAUGUCAAGUCUGGAAAUAUACUGCUUGAUAAGAACCUGAAUGCCAGAAUUGCGGACUUCGGGCUUUGCACAAUUGUGCCUGGGCCUAAUCAGCCUGAUGUUAGUGUUGAAGUUAAGGGCAGUUUCGGAUACCUCGACCCUGAAUACUUCUUUAAAAGGAAGUUGACUCAUAAGUCAGAUAUCUACUCGUUUGGAGUAGUGUUGUUUGAGGUUGUCUGUGCACGACCUGCCAUUGAUAACACAGAUCCAGAAAAUCCAGUGAAUUUAGUUGAAUGGGCUCAAUGUUUGCAGAAGGAUAAGCCGCUUGAGCAAAUUAUUGAUCCACAACUACAAGGAACAAUAAACUCAGAUUGUCUACAAGAAUAUUGGAAUAUUGCAGGGGCGUGUGUGGCUGAGAGGAGUAUUCAUAGGCCUUCUAUGGGAGAUGUAUUAUGGAGACUAGAGAAAGUGCAACAAUUGGAGACUCCACUCACAGACGAGGAUGAGUCAGUUAACACUGCAAAUGCCACUGAGAUUGAUCGAGGGAUUGACAGCCUUAUGUCAGAUGGCGAGAAUCUUCUUACUCCUUUCAUCUCCAUUGGCUAAUGAUUGGGAUCAGAAGUGGGGCAGCAGCAGCAAGACAUGUGCAAGCUUAAGGAAAAACUGCCGGAUUUCUUUUUACAAGGGAUUUGUGGAUAAUGGCUGAUUUCUUGUCAUUGUGAAAUUUCUAAAGCAAACUCGAAGCAGUUUCUACAACACUACACUUUCUUUCUCCUCCCGGCUUGGUUUUUCUUGGAUUUUUUGAGGGAUUGGUCAAUUGGGUCAGAUUAGGUUUGAUAUUUUGACGGAUAAGAGUAAGCUUGACGCUCAACCAGGAUUGUUCAUUACCUUUGUUCCUGAUGGAGUUAACAAGACCCUGUUGAUUAUAGACAAUGGCAUUGUUCUGACUAAAGCAGUUGUAUACAAUGAGGUGUCUCAUUCUCGAAUCUUCAUGUUGGUAAAGAUUUGCGAUUCUUGGUCUAGUUUUAGUGAAAGACAAUCGAAGCAUGGCCAAGUAUAUCUGGAAACAUCACCUGAGGUAUGAUAUUAUCAUCUAUGUUGACUAGCGACCAACAACAAUUGCUUCUGUUGGAGGAAGUCUUGAAAAACAGGAAGCUGGCAGCACUUUGGAUGUUGCUGCAUAAACAGAAGUUACUGCAGGUGUCUACAGAGUUUUCCCUGGAAAAUUGGAACACAUUGCACUAGUUGGGAGGGGAAACCUGAUUUGGCUACUAUUGGGAGGUAUAUUUAUUUGACUUUUCUUCCUGGCGAAUCUUGGCGAAAAUUAUUUCUGUUUCUUUCAGUUUGCUGCUAUAGGUGUGUAUUGGUUUUGUAAGAUAGUUGGAAAUUCAAAUCUUGGUUUUAGUCUAUGUUACUGAUCUGCACUGCUGCUGCAUACUGCUCUGCACUCUGAUCUGCACUGUUGCUGCUGCGUACUGCUCUGCUUACUAAUCUACUUGAUUAUUUUGGAACCACUGGGCUGUGUUGUUGUGUAUCUAGGAUUAGUACAAAGGGGUGAGAAGUUGUGGUUUCUGGCAUGUUGUACAAAGGGGUGAGAAGUUGAGAUUAAGUCAGCUAUCAAUAUCAGCAGGCUGGCUUAAGAAAAAUGUCCCUGUGUAGCUUUCCCCUCAUUUUGAGGAUUCUCCAUGUGAUUCUUUUGCAUGUUUUUCUUUUAUGUAUGCGGCUUAUUCUCAA